UGCAGAUCAGGCUGCCUUGAGCUCACUUUGUAGCCCAGGCUGGUCUCGAACUCAGAAUGAUCCUCCUGCGAUUACAGGCCUGAGACAGCACGCCGUGCUGCUAAUGUGAGUGCUGGAAAUCGAAAACACUGCAGGGUUUACAAGGCCGUUUAUAGUGGUCGGAAACAGCCAAUCAGGACACGCCUGCAACAGUUUUGACCAAUCAGGACCGGAUCGCCCGUAUAAAUGCUGCUCGCAGCGCACUCAUUUCAGUCGUUUGCGUCGGUUCGAGCGUUUGUCUGUUAUGGCUCGUACGAAGCAGACCGCGCGCAAGUCCACGGGUGGCAAGGCCCCGCGCAAACAGCUGGCCACCAAGGCUGCUCGCAAGAGCGCGCCGGCUACCGGCGGCGUGAAGAAGCCGCACCGCUACCGGCCCGGCACGGUGGCGCUGCGCGAGAUCCGGCGCUACCAGAAGUCCACCGAGCUGCUGAUCCGCAAGCUGCCGUUCCAGCGGCUGGUGCGCGAGAUCGCGCAGGACUUCAAGACGGACCUGCGCUUCCAGAGCUCGGCGGUCAUGGCGCUGCAGGAGGCGUGCGAGGCGUAUCUAGUGGGGCUGUUCGAGGACACCAACCUGUGCGCCAUCCACGCCAAGCGCGUCACCAUCAUGCCCAAAGACAUCCAGCUGGCGCGCCGCAUCCGCGGGGAGCGGGCUUAAAUGACGCGCUGUUGCUACUUUGUCCAACUGAUCCCAAAGGCUCUUUUCAGAGCCCCUC